AUGCUGCUCAGAAGUCGCAUCGGUCACUCGGCAUCUGUCGUACGUCGUUGCUUCUCUUGCUCAAGGUCUGUUCUAGAAGAUACGCCAAAAUCAAGUGAUCUUGCAGACAAGCUUCGCGCAACGGCACAACAAAAACCGGCAAAUCCAGAGAGCACCGCUGAAGGCACAGCUGCGGCGCCUAUCGAUGCCAUCGACACAAGUCUAUUGUUUGGCGACUUGAUGGGCUCCUCAAGGCGUGUGAAAUCUGCGUCUGGCCCGAUCAUGCCUACAUCCAAGAUUUUCAAGCAAGAUGCAAGUGCGCCUGCUGAUGCGCAAAAGUACUAUCUGCACUGCUUGACUUCCCACAGCAAUACGCUACUGACCCUGACAAAUUACAAGCAUGAGCCUAUUCUAUGGACAUCAGGUGGUCUUUGUGGUUUUAAAAAGGCAGCGAGAGGUGGAUAUGAAGCUGGAUUCAGGAGCACCAUUACGAUGCUCGAAAAGAUGCAACGGAAAGAGGCGGAAGAUAGGGCUUUGCUACUCAAGGAACGCACUGAACCGAGCCGUGUUCAAAAGACUGCCGCCAAGAAGCGGAAAGCACCCUUCAAGCCGCGUGAAAUUGAGCUGGUCAUCAAAGAAUUCGGACUCGGUCGCGAAGCUGUCAUGAAGGCACUCGCUGGUCAAGAAGGUGAUUACUACCGUGGUCUCAUCACAAAGGUGAUUGACGCAACACCCCUCAAGUUUGGUGGUGUUCGCGCCAGAGCCGUGAGGCGUCUGUAG